AUGUCAACUACCAAACUCCCACCAAUUACUGCUCUCAAAGCCCUGGAGCCACGCCCCGGUGGCCACUGGACAGUCCAGGGUCAGGAAGGGGAUGCCAUCUCUCUUUCAUACGUGUUGAAUGGCGCAGAGGCCAUGACAUUCGAUCUCCGCCAGUGUAAAACCGAGGAAGAUGUUCGAAAGUUUUGUUCUUCAUUUGUCUACGAGUACACUGACAACGCUUCUGGAAGUGAAUGGCACCAUCAACCUACCUCUGAAGUCCCUACCGAUAAUGUCCAACCUCAAGAAGCUGCAUCACUGUUAUAUCACUCGCAGUCACAGAGCACCAUGGGGCAAUACUCAACAGUUCAAAUUCAGCAACCGCCGCCACAACAGCUUCUCUUUGGCGCUCAGGCAGCUAUGGUGCCGCCAUCCGAAUCGCAACCUCAGGGAAAUUUGACAUUUGGAGAGACGGCUAUACCUUCGAACUCUCAGUUCUACCAACAAGACCAAAAUUAUUCGUUACCUAAUGGCCAAGGCCUUUCACAUGACAGUUUCGCUCCUGGAACUGGCGAGUGGCCACUAGGCAAUGAGAUUUUCCCCGUAGGCGUAGGAGAAAUUCCUAUUUCUAUCCCGAACCCGGAACUCGGAAUAACUCAAGACGAUACUAUGUUCUUGGUUGAACUAAAGACCUCCGAAUGGAGGAGGGAGAAGAGGAAGAGGUUGAGUGAGCCAGAGAGAAGAUUAGGGGGCAUCGAGAAAGUUGUCGAAGCAGAUCCAUUCCAAGCAGCGAAGGAGCUUCUAGGCGGCCAUUACGAAGAGAAAAGGGUUGCGGCUCUUGGAGUCAAGUCUCAUCUGGUCGAGGACCUCAACGCAGUGAGCCACCUGCCUCUGCAGUUUGCCUAUCCGGACCCACGACAGAUUUACAACUACGCCUCUUCGACGGCCGCACAGCCAUACCAGCCCGAGAUGCCUCAGCUGGACUACUUUGCCACCAUGACUGAGAGCGAUACGUUCGACCUCGACAAUCCUUGGGACUUUGACAAGAUGCUGGGCUACAAGGAGAACGAGGGCGAUAGAGUUACCAGUGUCACUAAUGCUCCAGUGCCUUACCUAGUAGUAAUACCUGCUGCCGGCCUGCCACAGCCCAACAACCAGUACAAUCCUCACAAUGAGUUCUUCUACACCUUUUAA